GGCGGCGGAGCGCAGCGGCCGGGCUACCCGGCAGCGAACUCGGGCCCUUCCCCGCCCCCGCCCGACCCCGGCCCCCGGGCUCCGCCCCGCUCCGAGCCUCGCGCCCGACUUCCCCGCGAGCGACCGGGCGCCACCGGCUAGAACGUCCCUCCACGCGCCGUCUCUCGGCGGCCCAGGCCGUGCCGGGGAGCGCAGUCCCGGGUGCGGGAGGCGGAGGGAGGCCCGGGGCGGAGCAGGGAGCCUGCCCCGGGGCGGUCGUGCGGGAUGCCACCGCCGGGCUGCGCUGGCUCUCGGCGACCGGUUCGCGUGUCGGGUGGGUGUCCGGCCGCGGGCCUCGCCCCCCAGCCGCCUCGCCAGCGCUAGCCGGGCCGCGCGGCGCCCCGAGGGUGCCGGGCAGUGCGCGGGCUGCGGCCCUGCUCCGCGCCGCGAGACGCUGCCGCCCCGAGGCGUCCCGAGGGCACCAUGCAGGCGCAGCAGCUGCCCUACGAGUUUUUCAGCGAGGAGAACGCGCCCAAGUGGCGGGGGCUGCUGGUGCCUGCGCUGAAAAAGGUUCAGGGGCAAGUUCAUCCUACUCUUGAGUCCAAUGAUGAUGCUCUUCAGUAUGUUGAAGAAUUAAUUUUGCAAUUAUUAAAUAUGCUAUGCCAAGCUCAGCCUCGGAGUGCUUCAGAUGUGGAGGAACGUGUUCAAAAAAGUUUCCCUCAUCCAAUUGAUAAGUGGGCAAUAGCUGAUGCCCAAUCAGCUAUUGAAAAGAGGAAGAGAAGAAACCCUUUAUCUUUGCCAGCAGAAAGAAUUCAUCAUUUAUUAAGGGAGGUUCUAGGUUAUAAAAUUGACCACCAAGUUUCUGUUUACAUAGUAGCAGUAUUAGAAUAUAUUUCUGCAGAUAUUUUAAAGCUGGUGGGGAAUUAUGUAAGAAAUAUACGACAUUAUGAAAUUACAAAACAAGACAUUAAAGUGGCAAUGUGUGCUGAUAAGGUAUUGAUGGAUAUGUUUCAUCAAGAUGUAGAAGAUAUAAAUAUCUUAUCUUUAACUGAUGAAGAACCUUCCACCUCAGGAGAACAAACUUACUAUGAUUUGGUAAAAGCAUUCAUGGCAGAAAUUCGACAAUAUAUAAGAGAAUUAAAUCUAAUUAUAAAAGUUUUUCGAGAACCCUUUGUCUCUAAUUCCAAAUUGUUUUCAUCUUACGAUGUAGAAAACAUAUUUAGUCGUAUAGUAGAUAUACAUGAACUUAGUGUAAAGUUACUGGGCCAUAUAGAAGACACUGUAGAGAUGACAGAUGAAAGCAGUCCCCACCCAUUAGUAGGAAGCUGUUUUGAAGACUUAGCAGAGGAACUAGCAUUUGACCCAUAUGAAUCAUAUGCUCGGGAUAUUUUACGGCCAGGAUUCCAUGACCGUUUCCUUAGUCAGUUAUCAAAGCCUGGGGCCGCACUUUAUUUGCAGUCAAUAGGUGAAGGCUUCAAAGAAGCUGUGCAGUAUGUGCUGCCCCGACUGCUGCUCGCCCCUGUGUACCACUGUCUGCAUUACUUUGAGCUUCUGAAGCAGUUAGAAGAAAAGAGUGAAGAUCAAGAAGACAAGGAAUGUGUGAAACAAGCAAUAACAGCUCUGCUUAACGUCCAGAGUGGCAUGGAAAAAAUAUGCUCCAAAAGUCUCGCAAAACGAAGACUGAGUGAGUCUGCAUGUCGAUUUUAUAGCCAGCAAAUGAAGGGGAAACAACUAGCAAUCAAGAAAAUGAACGAGAUUCAGAAGAAUAUUGAUGGCUGGGAAGGGAAAGACAUUGGACAGUGCUGCAAUGAGUUCAUAAUGGAAGGAACUCUUACACGUGUAGGAGCCAAGCAUGAGAGACACAUAUUUCUCUUCGAUGGCUUAAUGAUUUGCUGUAAAUCAAAUCACGGGCAGCCAAGACUUCCUGGUGCUAGCAAUGCAGAAUAUCGUCUUAAAGAAAAGUUUUUUAUGCGAAAGGUACAAAUUAACGAUAAAGAUGACACCAGUGAAUACAAGCAUGCUUUUGAAAUAAUUCUGAAAGAUGGAAAUAGUGUUAUAUUUUCUGCCAAGUCAGCUGAAGAGAAAAACAACUGGAUGGCAGCACUGAUAUCUUUACAGUACCGGAGUACCCUGGAGCGAAUGCUCGAUGUAACAAUGCUACAGGAAGAGAAGGAGGAGCAGAUGAGGCUGCCUAGUGCUGAUGUGUAUAGGUUUGCAGAGCCAGACUCCGAGGAGAAUAUUCUGUUUGAAGAGAACGUGCAACCCAAGGCUGGGAUUCCAAUUAUCAAAGCAGGGACUGUGAUUAAGCUGAUCGAAAGGCUUACAUACCAUAUGUAUGCAGAUCCCAAUUUUGUUCGGACAUUUCUUACAACAUACAGAUCCUUUUGCAAACCUCAAGAAUUACUGAGUCUUAUAAUAGAACGAUUUGAAAUUCCAGAGCCUGAGCCAACAGAAGCUGAUCGCAUAGCUCUAGCGAAUGGAGACCAGCCGCUGAGUGCAGAGCUGAAGAGGUUUAGAAAGGAGUAUAUUCAGCCUGUCCAGCUUCGAGUGUUAAAUGUGUGUCGGCACUGGGUGGAGCACCAUUUUUAUGACUUUGAAAGAGAUGCAGACCUUUUGCAAAGAAUGGAGGAAUUUAUUGGAACAGUAAGAGGUAAAGCAAUGAAAAAAUGGGUGGAAUCCAUCACUAAGAUAAUCCAAAGGAAAAAAAUUGCAAGAGACAAUGGCCCAGGUCAUAAUAUUACAUUUCAGAGUUCGCCUCCCACAGUUGAGUGGCACAUAAGCAGACCUGGGCACAUAGAGACUUUUGACUUGCUCACCUUACACCCAAUAGAAAUUGCUCGACAACUCACUUUGCUUGAAUCAGAUCUAUACCGAGCUGUGCAGCCAUCAGAAUUAGUUGGAAGUGUGUGGACAAAAGAAGAUAAAGAAAUUAACUCUCCCAACCUUCUGAAAAUGAUACGACACACUACUAACCUCACUCUGUGGUUUGAAAAAUGUAUUGUAGAAACAGAAAACUUAGAAGAAAGAGUAGCUGUGGUGAGUCGGAUAAUUGAGAUUCUACAAGUCUUUCAAGAACUGAACAACUUCAAUGGUGUCCUUGAGGUUGUCAGUGCUAUGAACUCAUCCCCUGUUUACAGGCUAGACCACACAUUUGAGCAAAUACCAAGUAGACAAAAGAGAAUUUUAGAAGAAGCUCAUGAGUUGAGUGAAGAUCACUAUAAGAAAUACUUGGCAAAACUCAGGUCUAUUAAUCCACCGUGUGUGCCUUUCUUUGGAAUAUAUCUCACUAACAUCUUGAAAACAGAAGAAGGCAACCCUGAAGUCCUGAAAAGACACGGGAAAGAGCUCAUCAACUUCAGCAAAAGGAGGAAAGUGGCAGAGAUCACAGGGGAGAUCCAGCAGUACCAAAACCAGCCUUACUGUUUACGGGUCGAGUCAGAUAUCAAAAGGUUCUUUGAAAACUUGAAUCCAAUGGGAAAUAGCAUGGAGAAAGAAUUUACAGACUAUCUUUUCAACAAAUCCCUAGAAAUAGAACCACGGAACCCUAAGCCUCUCCCAAGAUUUCCAAAAAAAUACAGCUAUCCCCUAAAAUCCCCUGGUGUCCGUCCAUCAAACCCAAGACCUGGAACCAUGAGGCACCCCACACCUCUGCAGCAGGAGCCAAGAAAAAUUAGUUACAGUAGGAUCCCUGAAAGUGAGGCAGAAAGUACAGCCUCCGCGCCAAACUCUCCAAGGACGCCACUGACACCUCCUCCUGCAUCUGGUGCUUCCAGCACCACAGAUGUGUGCAGCGUGUUUGAUUCUGACCACUCAGCAAGCCCUUUUCACUCAAGAUCUGCUUCGGUCUCAUCUAUAAGUUUAGCCAAAGGCACUGAUGAAGUGCCCAUCCCCCCUCCUGUUCCCCCUCGAAGACGGCCAGAAUCUGCCCCAGCAGAGUCCUCCCCAUCUAAGAUUAUGCCUAAGCACUUGGACAGCCCCCCAGCUAUUCCUCCUAGGCAACCCACAUCAAAAGCCUAUUCACCAAGAUACUCACUAUCAGAUCGGACCUCUGUAUCAGACCCUCCUGAAAGCCCUCCCUUGUUACCACCACGAGAACCUGUGAGGACACCUGAUGUUUUCUCAAGCUCACCAUUACAUCUCCAACCUCCCCCUUUGGGCAAAAAGAGUGAUCAUGGCAAUGCCUUCUUCCCAAAUAGUCCUUCCCCCUUUACACCACCACCUCCUCAAACUCCUUCUCCUCAUGGCACAAGAAGGCAUCUGCCAUCACCACCAUUGACACAGGAAGUGGACCUCCAUCCCGUUGCUGGGCCUCCUGUUCCUCCACGACAAAGCACUUCUCAACUUAUCCCUAAACUUCCUCCAAAAACUUACAAGAGGGAGCACACACACCCAUCCAUGCACAGAGAUGGACCACCACUGUUGGAGAAUGCCCAUUCCUCCUGAGUUCUCUGUCCUGGGUAUACAGUUUCCCGCCCACAUCCAUUGCUGGCAAUGGAUGCACUGAAACAUGCCAGCACCGAGGAGUUAAGAUGAGAGCUCCAAACACUAAGGACUCUGCUUCAAGACAUAAAAGAGACAAUGGAUUGUAACGUACACUUGAUUACACAAUAAGGUGGUAUUCCAGCUUAGAAUGUGGACCCUGAUCUAGGGGAACUGGACAACUGAUUGCACCUGGAAGUCACAGGAAGGGACUCUUCUGGCCAAUAGGCAAGAGUCCUCAUUUUGUGAAGUAAUCUUUAUCAUUAAAGGGAUGGAAAACAGUCUAAUGUCCAACAGGCCCAUAUGUUGACAGUUUUUGUAAUUCAAAAUAUUAUGCACUUUUUAAAAAAUCUUAAACAGGGAUCUUAUCCUCCUUUGUUUUCCUUUGCUUUACUCUUCUAUUUUAGAAUGUUGUCAUAAAAAUCAUUCAGAGGACUGUGAGAAAAGGCUGUGGUACCUGACCUUGUUGAAAUCAAGGCCCAGCACUGUACUGCAGUCCUGUUUACAGAUUAUUACAGUGAAUUGAAUGGGUACCGAGGCUUCACCAAAGAGGUACUUUUGUUAUUGUUAUUGUUUUAAAAAUAAUUAUACCAAUUUUAUGAACAUUCCCUACAUACCCCCCACUCACAAAGUGUGGUGGUGUUGCCUUCCAACAAGAAAUUUCAUGUCAUUAACAUGACAGAAGAACUUUUUAAGAUGUAACUGUCAAGUAUACUAUUUACACUUAGGAGACUGUUAAUCUAUGCUGGACUGUCAUCCCCCUCCCCCCUUGUCCCACAGGAGUUUACUGGUAACAUAUGUCCCAGCUUGUGGCUGUCCCUCUAACUGUACUGCAGAAAUCCAGGCACCCAAUGUGAAAAGGAACGCUCUCUGGGCCUCACUGACACCUUUCAUGUUUUACUAAUAGUUGAGUAGUCAGCAUACUUAGAAUUACCUUGCAUUGCCUAAAUCAUGUGUAUAUAAUGAAUGUUAUAUAAUAUACCUGACAGGUCUGUUUUUAUUUAAUUGAAUAAAGAUGAAGUACUUUGUUUGGCUGGCA